UUUUGGCUUUCGAGGUCAAUGCCCCCAAUGCACUUUAAUGUACUCGUCGUGAACCAAUCAAAAUACGAGCUUCUAUAUGAAAACAAAUCGUGUUUGGUCCAGAGCACAUACCGUAGGCGGACCCCAAUGACAAACGGAUAACCUACACGGACUUUUCCCUUUUAAACAUAAAACAAGACGAUUUAAUUAACGUUUUGGUAGCGCUCAGCACGAGGAAUAGGCGUGAAUUAUUAGAAAAAAUUUUCACAACCUAAACCAGCUCUUGAGAAAGAGAAUGCUUGUUUUAAAAUAACUAUAAAUCUUCCGACCGUCCCUGGAUGCUGGCGAAAGGCUUACUGAACUUCCGGGUUUCCUGUCACUCAAACAGCCGUACGUCAUCAUGUGGGCGGGCUCUCGCUUGCUGUCAACAUCGGCAUUCAGGCUGGAUGUGCAAUGCAUAAUGAACAUACAGAGCUUUAAUACAGAUCCUUAAAAUGGUAGAAGGACGUUUAUUGACUUUGAAAAGCCUGGUUGUGUGGUGGGCCUCUUUAUUUUAAUCGUUUUUGUAUGUAGUAAAUGUAUGGACAGCAUUGCGGACGGACAUGACUUGGCUAGUCAUCAUGAAUCAUUAAUUCUACAGGCUACAGUAAAGAUCUGGUUGCAUGCUCUCUUCUAAUCGACCAGGAAGCAGAAGGUUUUCUCUUUCAUAUCUUCAUAAAUUCGGUGUCGAGAUCAUAAACAGAUGACAGCAUGAGGAGUCGCAGUAAUUCAGGAGUGAGGUUGGAUGGAUUUGCCAGACUUGUCCAAGAAACAAUAUUAUGCCACCAGAAUCCAGUGACAGGUCUAUUGCCAGCUAGCGAGCAGCAGAAGGAUGCCUGGGUCAGAGAUAAUGUUUACAGCAUCUUGGCAGUGUGGGGACUCGGCAUGGCUUACCGCAAGAAUGCAGACCGUGAUGAGGACAAAGCUAAAGCCUACGAGCUUGAACAGAGUGUGGUUAAGCUAAUGCAGGGGCUGCUGCAGUGUAUGAUGAGACAGGUGGCAAAGGUAGAGAAGUUCAAACACACACAGAGCACAAAGGACUGCCUGCAUGCCAAAUAUCACACACCUACCUGUGCCACAGUGGUGGGAGAUGAUCAGUGGGGGCACCUGCAGGUUGAUGCCACUUCACUGUACCUGCUCACAUUGGCUCAGAUGACCGCCUCAGGUCUGCAUAUCAUAUCUAACUUGGAUGAGGUGGCGUUGAUCCAGAACCUGGUUUUCUACAUCGAGGCAGCGUACAAAGUGGCUGAUUAUGGGAUGUGGGAGAGAGGAGACAAAACCAAUCAAGGAAUUCCUGAACUAAACGGCAGCUCUGUUGGAAUGGCUAAGGCAGCUUUGGAGGCCAUUGAUGAGCUUGACUUGUUUGGAGCUCAUGGAGGCCCAAAAUCAGUGAUUCAUGUUCUCCCAGAUGAAGUAGAACAUUGUCAGUCUAUCUUGUGCUCCAUGCUACCUCGAGCUUCCACCUCUAAAGAGAUAGAUGCCGGUCUGCUCUCUGUCAUCUCUUUUCCUGCGUUUGCAGUGGAGGAUGCAGAUCUGGUUAACAACACAAAGAGUGAAAUCAUCUCCAAACUGCAGGGACGUUAUGGCUGUUGUCGCUUUAUCCGAGAUGGAUACAGGACCCCAAAAGAGGACCCUGCUCGCCUUCACUAUGAUCCUGCUGAGCUGAAGCUCUUUGAGAACAUUGAAUGUGAGUGGCCAGUGUUUUGGACUUACCUUAUACUCGAUGGCAUCUUCAAUGAAGACCAUGAGCAGGUGCAGGAAUACAGAGAGGCUCUUGAAGGAGUUUUGAUCAGAGGCAAACACGGGAUUCGUCUGGUGCCUGAACUCUAUGCUGUACCUGCUGACAAAGUUGAAGAGGAGUACAGGAACCCUCACUCUGUGGAGCGUGUGGCCGCUGGCCAGCUCCCACACAUGUGGGGCCAGUCUCUGUAUAUCCUGGGCUGUCUGCUGGCAGAGGGAUUUCUGGCCCCUGGAGAGAUUGAUCCUCUGAAUAGGCGAUUUUCUAAAGAAUUCAAGCCAGAUGUUGUUGUGCAAGUGAGUGUAGUGGCUGAGUCAGUGCAGAUCCAGCAGCUGCUGAGGGAUAAAGGGAUUGAGGUUCAGACCAUCUCCGAAGUUUCUCCCAUCCGGGUCAUGCCAGCUCGCAUCCUGAGCCACAUUUACGUGAAAUUGGGCAACUGUAAAAAGCUGAAUCUGAGUGGGCGACCAUACAGGCACAUUGGUGUCUUGGGAACUUCAAAGUUUUAUGAGAUCAGAAAUGGUACUUACACAUUCACUCCACAGUUCAUUGACCAGCAUCACUUCUACUUGGCUCUGGAUAACCAGAUGAUUGUGGAGAUGCUGCGAACAGAGCUUGCUUAUCUCUCGUCCUGCUGGCGGAUGACUGGAAGACCUACCCUCACGUUCCCUAUCACACUGAGCAUGCUGGUUGAGGAUGGUGACAGUAUUGACCCCUGUAUCCUCUCUACCCUCCGGAAGCUUCAAGAUGGCUACUUUGCGGGUGCAAGGGUGCAGAUGGCAAACCUCUCUUCAUUCCUCACAACCUCCUUUCAUACCCAGCUCAGCUUCUUGGAUGCUGAUUCUGAAGAGAAUCUGCUGGAGGAAGAGGAAGAAGAAGAGGAAGAGAGUUUUGGGCCCUCGGGAGGUUCAGGACACAUGUUUGACCAGUAUCUUACAGAUCUAUUGCACAGCACUGCUACAAAAUGCCAUCUGCCUCCCAUUCAGAAGGGGCAGCACCACGUUUUUAGUGCUGAACACACCACCAGGGACAUCCUUUCUUUCAUGGCCCAGGUUCAGGGCCACAACAUGCCCAAGCCUUCCAUGUAUUUGCCUGUUGUCCCCAUCAUGAGCAAACACAGAAAGUCUCUCAAUCUGCUGGAUGUUCCUCAGCACAGUGUUUCUCAUCACACCAAGGUCGAUAGCGUUGACCUGCACUUGCCACGUGAUUCUCAUGGGAACACAGACUUUGCCUGUCUGGUCAAUCAGCUAAAGCAUUGUCCAACCCUUCAGGACCAGGCAGAUAUCCUCUAUGUCCUCUAUGCGAUGAAGGGUUCAGAUUGGAUAGUAAAUCUGUCAGGACAAGGAGAGGCAACUGUUCGCUCCCUGCUGGAGGAGCUGUAUGUUCGGGCAGGAGCUUGUAAGGAAUGGGGCCUCAUCCGCUACAUUUCAGGCAUCCUGAAAAAAAGAGUGGAAGUCCUUGCUGAGUCUUGCACAGAUCUGAUCUCCCAUCAUAAACAGCUGACAGUGGGUCUUCCUCCCGAACCCAGAGAGAAGGUCAUCACAGUUCCUCUUCCUCCUGAAGAACUGAUUAGCUUGAUUUAUGAGGCCAGUGGACAAGACAUCAGCAUUGCUGUCCUCACACAGGAGAUCAUGGUGUAUCUGGCCAUGUAUGUGCGCUCUCAGCCGUCUCUGUUUGGAGACAUGCUGCGUCUGCGCAUCGGGCUCAUCAUGCAAGUGAUGGCUACAGAACUUGCUCGCAGUCUACACUGCUCAGGUGAGGAGGCAUCAGAGAGCCUGAUGAGCCUCAGUCCUUUUGACAUGAAGAAUCUCUUACAUCACAUCCUGAGCGGGAAAGAGUUUGGUGUAGAGAGGAGCAUGCGCCCGAUUCAGUCUUCAACCACCAGUCCUGCCAUCUCCAUCCAUGAGCUUGGACACACGGGGGCCACCAAGACAGAGCGCACGGGCAUCAGAAAACUCAAGACUGAAAUCAAACAGAUAUUUACCAGCAGUCAUUCCAUCAGCAGUAAUUUCACAUCCCCUCGUUCCACGCGAUGCAGCAGCCCCUCAACUCCCAGCGGGAUGCUGUCUCCGACUGGCACAGGAGACUCACACCUGCAGUGGGAGGAGCGCCAGGGCCAGUGGCUGAGGAGACGCAGACUGGACGGGGCCAUAAACAGGGUUCCAAUGGGCUUCUACCAGAAAGUCUGGAAGAUUCUCCAGAAAUGUCAUGGCCUCUCCAUUGCUGGAUAUGUCUUGCCUUCCUCCACCACCCGUGAGAUGACGGAAGGAGAGAUCAAGUUCGCAGUGCAUGUGGAGUCUGUACUGAAUCAUGUCCCACAGCCUGAGUACAGACAGCUGCUGGUGGAGGCCAUUAUGGUGUUGAUCCUUGUAGCUGACAUGGAGAUUGCCAGUAUUGGGGGAAUUAUUCACAUUGACCGCAUUGUUCACAUGGCCAACGAUCUCUUUCAACAGGAUCAGAGAUCCAGCGGGGCCAAUGAGUAUUUCUUAGAGAAAGAUCCUGCCACAGGAAUCUGUAACUUCUUUUUUGACAGUGCUCCUAGUGGCAGCUACGGUACUAUGACUUAUCUUUCCAAGGCUGUGGUUACAUAUGUUCAAGACUUCCUGCCAAGCAGCAGCUGUCUAAUGCAGUAACGACUGCAGUUCCUAGAAAACCGGUGACCUUCAGGACGGAUCUAUGACCUGUUUUAUUAAAUCUAACAGUUGAAAAAAAAAAUCAGUUGACCUCAGUUCAGUAGCAAAGGACAAGCAUCAACAGGGAAGCCAAUAAAAAACACCACAGGAUAUGUUGUGAAGCUAACAGACUGCAGGAAAUGGACCACUGUGCCGUUCUGUGUUUUAAGUAUACAAUUCUAAUUUAAGAACUGUAAAAUACAAUUAACUAAUAUAAUAUAAUAAUAUAUAUUUAAUUUCAACAGAAACACUUUACAUGAUUUUAAUCAUAUUUUUGGGUUGCUAACUCAUUUAAAUAAUUUAUAAUUUUAUGUUCUUAGAAAUAUGUUUAUUUUAUUUAAAUUGGUGCUUCAGUUGUGUUUAUAGAGCACUUAUAUUUUGAUCUGUACCAUUUCUCUAGUUAAACAAAACAAAACACUGUGUUAUAUUACUGUAAGCUUUGAGACUUAAUGUUAUCCUAUACAUUGUUAUUACAUUAUAAAUCUACUCUGAAAUGUGUUAUUUAACAGGUGCUUCUUAUUUAAAGAAACAUACAAUACAAAAGGUAUUUUUCCUAAAUCAUAUAUAUAUAUGUAAUUAAUAAUUAUGUGUAAAAUUAACUUAUACUCUGUUCUUUGCAUGCAAACAUGCAAUAUUCUAACUCAUGGCAAAGCCAAGCAUGUGCAGUUCUAUAGACUAGCAAAUCAUGCAUUUGAAUAAUUUUUUUGUGAUUUUUUUUUUUUUUUUAAGUGAAAACAAAGGUUAAAAUCAUAAUUGGUUUUUGUUCAUUUCAUAGAGGUCAGUUAAUGAAGAAAAUCAAGAGAACUUAGCUUGAAAAGGGCAUUUGAAGUUGUCUUCAUUUUGGACAACGACAGUAGAGAUGUCCAGUGUGUGAGUUCUAGCUGUCUUUAAUUCAUUUUGUCCUGUUGUUUCUCAUGUUUAUGACAAAUUACUACUUUUGAAGGAAGUACUGUAUUUUAGUCUCCAUUAAGCUUUUGUAUGACCACAGACAAAAAAAAAAAAAAAAAAGUGUAAUUAAUACAUCUAAUUAAUCAUGACUUUUCAUGGCCGUAUUUUCUGUUUGUUCUUGUUUUUAAUGUUAUAUAUAAUGUGACAUGGGACAUACAAAGUGUGAUUAUUUCAAUAAUCUUAACUUAAACAAGUUCAGUAUUAUGUGUGUCUUCAGAGAACUGAAUAUAAUACAUUUACCUAAUACCUUGUGAUUUAAUUUUUGAACUAGGUUAAAAAAAAAAAAAAAGUUAAUCAAGAGAAACUUAAAUUAUAGAAUUUUGAGAUUUUAAGGCAGACUGACCCGACUGAUGACAGCUUGAAAGCUCUAGGAGUGAGUCAGAAAUGUUAGUGUCACAAAAAGACAAAUUUUAAGUUUAACCCUCAAGCAUCCUUCAAAUAGCAGCCCUUAGUUCAUCCUUCAUGGACAUAUUUGGGCACGAAGGUCUCAGCUGUGAUCCCGAUUUUUUAUUUUUUUUUCAAUAAAUGUCAUAUGAUAUCACUGCCUUCAAUAAAAUAAAAACUUUCAAUUUA